AUGGCGAAUCUCUCCACUAUUCACAUUCUCUUCUUUGCGUUCAUCACAAGCGGCGUUAUUGUUUCCGCAACCAUCUUCACUUUAGAAAACAAUUGUCCUUACACCGUGUGGCCAGGAACCCUCUCCGGCAACAGCAACACCCUCGGAGACGGCGGCUUCCCCUUAACCCCCGGCGCUUCUUUCCAGCUCACCGCUCCUCCGGGAUGGUCAGGACGUUUCUGGGCCCGCACAGGCUGCAACUUCGACUCCUCAGGCCACGGCACAUGCGUCACCGGAGACUGCGGCGGCGCUUUAAAAUGCACCGGAAACGGAGUUCCUCCAGCGACUCUCGCCGAGUUCACCGUCGGAUCAAGCAACUCCGGCAUGGAUUUCUACGACGUGAGCCUCGUCGACGGUUACAACGUCAAGAUGGGGAUAAGACCGCAGGGAGGAACAGGAGACUGUCGCUACGCGGGUUGUGUUUCCGACAUUAACGAGAUUUGUCCUAGCGAGCUUAGGGUUAUGGAUCCGGUGAACGGUGGAAACGUGGCGGCGUGUAAGAGUGCUUGCGCGGCGUUUAACUCGCCGGAGUUUUGUUGUACGGGAGCUCAUGCGACGCCGCAGACUUGUUCUCCGACGCAGUACUCGACGAUGUUUAAGAGUGCGUGUCCUAGCGCUUAUAGUUAUGCUUAUGAUGAUGCGACGAGUAGUUUUACUUGUAAUGGAGCUAACUAUGUCAUCACUUUCUGCCCUUCCAGCUCUUAAACAUUCGGAGCUCCGGUUUAGAGAGUUGCUUAUUGCGCAAGGAAAGAUGAAUAUCUUCUUCCCUUUUUAAAGAUCCUUUUAAUAUAUUCACUUCUUU